AUUCGUCAUCUGUUCUACGCCCGUUUCAUUGCCCACUUCCUCUACGACCUGGGCAUCACUCCGUGUCGGGAACCCUUCCUCCAAUUUCUGCCCGUUGGCCUAGUUCUUGGACAGACCUUCACGGACCCCCGGACUGGACGCUUCUGUGCGCGGGAAGAAGUGGAAGCCGUCACUCUGCCAGGCGAGAACAAGUCGGUCUAUCGCGUGAAAGCGACCGGCGUCGAGGUUGCCGACUCCUGGGAGAAGAUGAGCAAGUCCAAACUGAAUGGCGUCGAACCAGCCGCAGUUGUCACCAGGCACGGUCUGGAGCUGACUCGCCUCACGAUGCUUGCGAGCGUUGGACCACACUCUGCUCGCGAGUGGAAUGAAGGCGAAAGUGAGUUCGUCACCACCGCAAGCGCCACCAACACGGCCGCCAUCACCACCACAACUGCUACCACCGGCAUCAUCAUCAUCAUCAUUGUCACCACCAGCAGGAUUUGUUCUUUUUGGUCGCCGCCUAGUCCACCUCUAUGGUGUUAG